CUCUCUCUCUCUCUCUACAGAGGCCGAACCUGACCUUAGCAUCUCUCUCCAAUAUAAUAUCGAUACGGACGUUGCGUGACCUCCCUGUUCCAUCUCCAUCUCAGCUCCUAGCUCCCUCCCGCUUCUCUUCGGCGCCAAUUCCGGAAGAUUGCUCCAUGUAGUGCGCGAUGCGUCCGUGAGGAUUCAAAUGGUACUGGUCGGUGCACGGCUUCCCGGGACUGCGAACGCGUGGAUCUGCUGGCGGUCAUAUGGCCCCCAGCUCACUGAAGUUGGACCUGAAGAUAUGUAUGAAUCACUUUUGUGCUGUCUGAGAAGUACAUUUAGCUGAAAAGCUUUUUCCAUGGGGUAAGAAGUGGGCGAAAUGCUUUUGCAUGUCAGAAUUUUGAGGACAUGGCAGAGACACGAGAUGAGGCAGGGCCAUCUGAGCAAGGGACUCCGACUGCUCCAUGGUGGCCUUCAGAUUUUAUGGAGAAGUUUGCAUCUGUUUCCUUGGGUUCUCAAGAAGAAAGUUUAAGUAACAAAGAAUCCCCUAGGAAUGCUGAGCAAGAUGCAUUGUCUCCUCAGACAGCCUCCCAAAUUCUUUGGAGCACUGGAAUGCUUUCUGACCCGAUUCCCAAUGGAUUUUAUUCUGUCAUUCCUGAGAAACGGCUCAAAGAGCAUUUUGAUACCAUUCCGACACUGGAAGAGCUUCAUGCGCUGGGUGCAGAAGGCGUCAGAGCUGAUGCCAUUCUGGUAGACUUUAAAAAGGACAGAAAGCUGACUAUGCUGAAGCAGCUGAUGCUAACUCUAGUUAAGGGAGCAAAUUCAAAUCCUGCUGCAACAAUUAAGAAGAUUGCUGGACUGGUUUCUGAUGUUUAUAAAAGGCCAAAUGCGGAGAGUCCUGCAAAAGCUGCACUAGAGGAGAGCUCCCACAUGUUUGAGAAUCGUGUUGUCCAGAUGUUGGGCCAAAUAAAGCAUGGUUCAUGUCGUCCUCGAGCUAUUUUGUUUAAGGUUCUUGCAGAUACAGUAGGUCUUGAAAGUAGGCUCAUGGUGGGUUUACCAAUUGAGGGGGGCGUUGAGUGUGUUGACUCGUAUAAGCACAUGUCUGUGAUGGUUACAUUGAAUUCGGUGGAACUGCUUGUAGAUCUUAUGCGAUUUCCGGGCCAACUGAUUCCCCGUUCGACUAAGGCCAUCUUUAUGACCCAUAUUUCUGCAGCAGGGGAAAGUGAUUCUGCAGAAAAUGAUUCCUGUGAUUCACCGCUUGAACCAAAUAGCCCCCUCUAUGGAUAUUCUGAGAAGGUGGAUCCUGAAAGUGCUGACAAAGAUGAAAGAUUGCAAUUCCAUCGAAGAUUAGAGGCCUCGAAUAUUUCUGGUCGGUCCUUGAGAGAUCUGAUGAUCGACAGGAAGUUGAGCUUAUCACAGAGUGAACCAAACAUUGCGAACACAUUUUGGAGACGUAGUCGGAGAAAGGUUGUUGCUGAGCAAAGGACUGCUAGUUCAAGCCCAGAGCAUCCUUCUCUUCGAAUUCGUGGACGGUCAAUGCUAAGUGGUGAUAGGAAGUUACAUAGAGAUUUUGUCAAUGAAGCAACUUCAUCAAGGUCAGAAGGUGCAUCCACUUCAGAAGCUCGAAGGAUAAGAAGAAGAAGCAUAAGCAUCACCCCAGAGAUUGGCGAUGAUAUUGUGAGGGCUGUGCGGGCAAUGAAUGAGACAUUGAAGCAAAACCGACUACUGAGAGAGCAAGGGAAUGAUAGGUCAUUCUCUUUUACUUCAGAUGAAAGAAAUAGCAAAGAUCUACAGAAAGACCCUCAGGCAUCAAGUUUCCAUUUUGAUGCUCAUGAUGAAGUCUCUGGUGGAAUAUCUCCGAUGUAUGAUCGGGAGAAUAUAAGUUCUCAGAAGGCUAUAUCGUUGCCCUCAUCUCCUCAUGAGUUCAGAGGUGAAUCCUCUGAGAGAAGCCUUGUAGUGAACUAUCCAUGCGACAAUGAAUUGUUUUCGACGUGGAAUAAAGUUCUGGAAUCUCAAAUGUUCAAUAACCAACCUUUACUUCCUUACCAAGAGUGGAAUAUCGCUUUUUCAGAAUUGACCGUUGGGACUCGUGUUGGGAUAGGGUUCUUUGGGGAAGUUUUCCGUGGCUUAUGGAAUGGGACAGACGUUGCUAUUAAGGUUUUCCUAGAGCAAGAUCUUACUGCUGAAAACAUGGAAGACUUCUGCAACGAGAUUUCCAUUCUAAGCCGUCUUCGACAUCCUAAUGUGAUACUAUUUUUGGGGGCGUGCACGAGGCCUCCACAUCUUUCUAUGGUAACCGAGUACAUGGAGAUGGGCUCCUUGUACUAUUUGAUCCAUUUGAGUGGUCAGAAAAAGAAGCUUAGUUGGAGGCGGAGACUUAAAAUGAUACGUGAUAUAUGCAGGGGGUUGAUGUGCAUUCACCGGAUGAAGAUAGUACAUCGUGACUUAAAAAGUGCUAAUUGUCUUGUUAAUAAGCAUUGGACCGUGAAGAUAUGCGACUUUGGCCUAUCAAGGAUGAUGAUAAACUCACCCAUGAGAGACUCUUCAUCUGCUGGAACACCAGAAUGGAUGGCUCCUGAGCUUAUACGCAAUGAACCCUUCACCGAGAAAUGUGAUAUCUUCAGCCUGGGGGUGAUAAUGUGGGAGCUCUGCACUUUAAAUAGACCAUGGGAUGGUGUGCCACCAGAGAGGGUGGUAUAUGCAGUAGCUAAUGAAGGAUCCAGGUUGGAUAUACCUGAAGGUCCUCUCGGAAGGCUAAUCACAGAUUGCUGGGCGGAACCGCAAGAAAGGCCUAGCUGUGAGGAGAUUCUCUCCCGGUUGCUUGACUGCGAGUGAUCUUACUGCUACUGGAAUUCAUGGGUUUGUGUAUAGAAAGUCUGGAAGAGUUUUGACGCUGUCUGUUUCGGCUUUGACCUUGUAAUCUGUAGAAUGAUUUUGCAAAAUGAGAGCAUAGAACGUCAAAGAGUUGAUUGUCCAGAUCUUUUUUGUGGUCCAUUGUUUCAUCAUAUGUGAGUGGAAAAUUUCGGCUCUUAAUUGAUUUUGGGCCAGGUUUGGCCGAGGUAGUCAAAUUUGUAAGGGAAAAUUGACUAGAAUCAGCUGGAAAAAGAGUGAAACAGGCGUGAAUUUGUUCAACUGAAAGUAGUUGACACUUGACAGGAGAUCAGAGACUUGGCUAA